GGACUAGUUAGACCGGACAUCCAAACUCGGUGUGAGUUUCUCUCAAACUAGUUUUGCGCCAAAUGGCCUCAACUUAACAAACAACUCAAAAAACCUGCUCUUUUUCUCUUCCGUUAUCGAAACGUUUCUCGUUUCUUUUGCCUAACCCAGAAACCGUUUCUAGGGUUUCUCAAAACUCUUCCCUCUCUUCUAAUUUCACUCACAGAUUGCCACAAAGUUCUGUAAUUUGCGCAACGACGUCGUUUUUGGUGGGAAGUACUUGCCAAAGUUUGAUUCUUUUGUUCAAUUGGGAUUGUUAGUGGUGUUUUUGUUGCUGCCUUGUGCUAAUUGGAGCUGGAAGGGGAUUGGUUUUGGGGUUAAAGCUUGAAGAUUUGUUGGGAUUGUUUGAAUUGCUGAAGAGGGUUUUCGGCGUUUUCGAUAUCGAAGCUGUUUAGUGUGGUUUUAGGGUGUUUGGGAUAGGUGGAUUGGGGUGGGGGAUAAGGCAUUGGUGAGGUAAUAGGAUAUGAGUAGUGUAUUUAGUGAGCAGAUACUUGCAGAUAAGCUCUCCAAGCUCAACAGCACCCAGCAGUGUAUCGAGACUUUGUCACACUGGUGUAUAUUUCAUCGGAGCAAAGCUGAAUUGGUUGUUACAACAUGGGAGAAACAGUUCCAUAGUGCACAAAUGGUGCAAAAAGUCCCUCUCUUGUAUCUUGCAAAUGACAUCCUACAGAACAGCAAGCGUAAAGGAAAUGAAUUUGUUACUGAGUUUUGGAAGGUUCUUCCAGGAGCGCUUAAAGUUAUUAGUGAGGAAGGCGAUGACCAUGGAAAGAAUGUUGUCUCUAGAUUGGUUGGGAUAUGGGAAGAGAGGAGAGUUUUUGGGUCUCGCACACGGAGCCUUAAAGAACUAAUGCUUGGGGAAGAAGUGCCUCCACCAUUGGAGUUAAGUGGCAAAAAGCGCUCGCGUUCGGUCAGGAUUAUGAAAAGAGAUUCACGCUCUAUCAGAACGAAACUUUCCAUUGGAGGUGCAGCUGAGAAGAUUGUAUCGGCAUUUCACUUGGUGAUCAGUGAAAAUCCAAAUGAAGAUGCCGAGAUGAGUAAAUGCAAGUCUGCAGUUCACCAAGUAAGGAAGUUGGAGAAAGAUGUUGACAGUGCCUGUACUACUGCAAAGGAUCCAAAACGGAAAAGUCUAGCAAAAGAACUCGAGGAGGAAGAAAAUGUGUUGAAGCAGUGUUUUGAAAAACUUAAAUCAGUUGAAGCAAGUAGAGUAGCACUUGUAUCUCAAUUAAGAGAAGCUUUGCAUGAACAGGAAUCAGAACUGGAGAAUGUUAGAACUCAUAUGCAGGUGGCACAAGCACAGGCAGAAGAAGCCAGCAACAUGCGGAAACGGCUAAAUGAUGAAGAUUAUAUAUGUAAUCCAUCAAGUGCCGAUGCAAAUUCCAAAGGAGGGCAAACACCUAAGAAGUCUGCUGCAGCCAUUGCAGCUCUGGUUGCAGACAAGCUUGCUGCUUCUAGUUCCUCUCAAUUAAUUAUGACUUCUGUUCUUUCUACUUUUGCUGCUGAAGAGGCAAAGACUGCUGGCCUGACCAAGCCUUCCACCUCUUCCAAUUCAUUCCCAUCCACGCCAAAGAGUUCGGGCACUGAUUCAAUGUCUAAACCUGAAAGGUCCAUGCCAGUUUCAGAUCCCAUUGUUUUUAUGUCAACACAGCCACCCGCUGUGCCUCCAAACCACUCGUACCAAUCAGCAAUGGUUCCGCAACAGCAGAAUCAUGUCCCGACCUCACAAGCUCAGUUUCAUAUGCUUCAAAACCCCUCUUCACAACAAUAUUUACAGCCUUCAGGAGGUGUCAUGGGCCAAUAUGUUUACGGGAAUAUCCCACCUUUGCCUCUAGGAGCGCCACCACCCCCACCGCAUAUGGUAAGUCCAAUGGUGCCUUUAUCUCAGCAGCCCUUGCAAAUGAACCAGCAGCCCUCACCAGUUACUCAGCAGCAACAAAUACCCUUAAUUCAACAACCUCCUACUUUCCGGCCACUUCAACCACCCGGAAUGGUGUAUUAUAGCCUUCCUCAUCAUUCUCAGUGAAUUUGAAUACUUCAGGUAGGCAGUAUAACCAAUGUGAGCUUUAUUUCUGUUUUCAGGAAAAAAUCAUCAAAGUUUUGUUUAAUCAUGUUGACUCUUUUUUUUGGGGUUCAGCAUUUUGGCUAUUCUUUUUUCAAGCCAGCAUUUGCUCUUUUAAGAUUAUUUAUAAAUUACUCAUUGGAUAACAGCCACAUCAUUUUCUG